AUGCAGAACGCUAUAACCCUAGCUUUGCUCCUACUCUUCACUCUCCUGAUCACGAAGCAGCGUUGUGUGGAUGGGCAGGCCUUCUGCCGGUCCCAGAUCAGCUUGGCAAACGAGGCGUGCAGCCUGAGGAACUUCCCUGGGGUGAGGCCUCCCGUCCCCCGGCAGCAACUCAAUGAGUCCUCGACGUCAGCGACAGCAACGACGAACAGCGGCGAGUACCAGCUUCGGUCCAGGGAUGACGACGACGAGGAAGGGGAGGAAGACGAGGGGCGGCAUCACCGUCGGCAGCGGCACCGCCACAGCGCAGAGAACGGCGAAAGGGACCCGUAUGACACGGCCUGCUGCCGCCGGCUGAUGGCUAUCGACAACGCGUGCGUCUGCCAGGCCGUGGCGCGCCUCCCGGUGUUCGUGACCUCGGUUUGGCACGUUAUCAGGCUCACGCCGGUGGACGGCUGCGACAUCUCCUUCGAGUGCCCAGGCUCCUUCUCGACGCUGGGGUGA